CGCCGAUGUGGUAGGCACUCCGUCAGCUGAUCAUUGUCAAUUUAUUGCCGGUUAUACAAAUUUAGUGAUUUCCCAACUUGUGCUCUGGUUUGACUUUCUCGAUUUUAACUAAUUUAGUGUUUUUAAAUUCAAAUUGUGUUGUGUUUUAUGCCACCAAAAUGUCGUUCCACUGGUGUGAUAACAUUCACACCACAAUUUUUACCCCUCGUGAUUAUCAAAUCGAAUUGCUAUCUGCCGCGUUCGAGCGUAAUGUAAUGAUAUGCCUCGGUCACAAAUCAUCCAAGGAGUUUAUUGCCUUAAAGCUCCUACAGGAGUUGGCACGACCAGCACGAAUUGCGGAAAAGAUUAAUUUAUACCUGACCUGUGAACAAAACGCUCCAUCUAUAACAACGAUGAUAGAGCACUUGACUGACUUGAAAGUGUACAAAGAGGAGAGAACGGGGGCGGCGGAUAAGCAGGAAAUUCAUAUACCAAAAGACUUUCAACUUUACGUACUUCAUCCACGUACUUGUCUGGCAGCCUUGAGAUGUGGAAAGCUAAGUAUGACGAAUGUGCAUUUGUUAAUACUGGAAGACUGUCAUGAAGCGGAGGUAUAUAGAGACUUGCGUCAAAUCUUUGAAGACCAUUUCAAUGUUUCCGGCAAAGACAUGCCGAAAGUGUUGGGCUUAGCUGGACCACUUCACAGCGCUGAAUGCUCGCUAGAAGAACUCAGUGCAAUGCUGAAUACUUUGGAGGAUAGUGUGCACUGCAAAGCAGAGACAGCCAGUGAUAUCGUAACAGUAUUAAGGUAUUGCGCCAAACCUAGUGAGUAUAUAGUGCAAUGCACGCCAUAUCCGCGAGAUGAGCUGACCGCUGUGCUAGAGGAGGUAAUUUGCACGAGAAAAGCGUUUUUAAUAGAUCACCGUUACGACCCUUUCGAAAUAUACUGUACAGAAGAAUAUAUGGAGGAAUUAAAGGAUAUUCCCGAUCCGAAAGAAGAACCCAUGGAAUUUUUGGAAAUCAUGCUCUUUGUGCUCUACGAAAUGGGCCCGUGGUGUGCAGAUCGUGUUGCUGUCAACAUGUUUCACCGCAUAGAGAAACAGAAAAUAAAAACGCCACAUGAACGCCAUUACAUUUUGCUUUGCGUUGUGAAUACAGCGCUUCUAGAAUUUCAUGCCAUUUGCGAACAAACAUUCAAAAAAUUUAAUAAUCAUAAAGAAUUAGUGGAACGCUAUUCGAGCCCUAAAGUUUUUCGUUUGCUGGAAAUUUUACGAUUAUUCAAGCCGGAAGAAUUAUUGACCAAAAACGAAACAAUUCAGAAAAUGAGUCAGGAUUUGGAUCAGAUGGAUUUUCAAAAACUCAGCCGAAGUAUCGAAUAUAGUUGCCAGAAUGUGGAAAAUGUGACUACAAAACUACAACUCGAAUCACGCUCGAUUAUGGAUAAUUUAGAUCCAAUUGUAAAAUCGCCCACAACUGAUGUGGCAAAACAGCAGACAUUGCAAGCGAACACAACGCACAAAACGGAAAGUUCCGCCAGUACAAACCGACGCCAUGGUGUCGGUGGUUCACAUGGCCGUUUCAAACGGCGACCUUUUAGCCGCCGACAAAUGCGUGACAGCGGUGAUGCCUUGGAUACGCUCUGCGCUAUUAUUUUCUGCAACUCCAAUUACACGGCACGUGUGCUUUUUGAUUUACUGAGCGAAAUGAGCCGCCACGAUCCGGAACUGAAAUUCCUUAAAUGCCAGUUCACAACUGACCGUGUCGCUGAUCCUAUAACCGAACCCAAGGAAGCUGAGGUCGAGCAUAGGCGUCAGGAAGAGGUAUUGAAACGGUUUCGUAUGCACGACUGCAAUGUCUUAAUUGGCACCUCAGUGCUAGAGGAGGGCAUUGAUUUGCCAAAGUGUAAUUUAGUAGUGCGCUGGGAUGCACCCACAACAUAUCGUAGCUAUGUGCAAUGUAAAGGGCGUGCGCGAGCAGCACCGGCUUACCAUGUGAUACUAGUAUCGCCAGCUUAUAAUGCAAUUCUUUGUGAAAACGAACAGUUAAGUGACCAGAGCCAUAGGUAUUUAUGUAAAUUAGAGGUUGGCCAGGACGACGUUAUCGAUACGGAUUCAUGUAGCGACGAUGAGGAGGAAUGCAAUGGCAAGAGUAACAAAUUUACAAUCGGUUCUUCAAAGGGAAUCGUAAAAAUAUUAAAUCCCGAAGUGAUUACCAGUAAGCCACCAACAAAAUGCGAGAUUACGCUCAAGGAAAUCAAGGACGAAUUGCCGGCCAUUAAAGGCAUAGAAAAUGAAGAUACCAAUACCAUUGAUUUAGUAGAAAUUGAAAGCGAGUUGGCUCCUAUUACGGAACUGCAAAAUGAAACAUCUUCAAUAAAGGAAGUUAAAACGAAGUCAGUGGCCAACGAGUCGCUACAUGAUUGUUUCGAUGUGCUCGAUCUUAGCGACAUGAUUUCAGACAUUAGCAGUAAUAACUCUUCUAGAAUUGUGUUAGAAGAAACAGCAACAACACCGGCUUCAGCAUCAGUUACACCAAAGCAAAAAAAGGAGAAGCGUCGGUUUCGCUGUAUCUGUGAAAAUGAAAACUGUGCACAACACGGUUUGGAAACCGGCCUCGAUGCUACUAUCAACCAAAUAGAAAUCACAACUAAUAAAAUAGUGGAGCAAUUGGCCGAGUAUCGGGAAAUAGAGAAGAUGCUUCUACAAAAAUGUGCUAAUACUGAGCCAUCGGAAGCAGAACACCAACUGGCGGACUAUUUCAACAAAUGCGUGAAGCGCUACAAGCCCUGUGAACAUCUGCUGACAGGUGCUUCUGUGGAUCUCACUUCAUCCAUCGCGUUAGUCAACAAAUACUGCUCCAAGUUGCCAAGCGACACAUUUACAAAACUCACUGCGCUCUGGCGUUGCACAAAAACCAUUCGAUGUGGUGUCGAAAUGUACCAAUACACAAUACGUCUUCCGAUAAAUUCGCCAUUAAAAUAUGAUAUAGUUGGGCUUCCAAUGUCUUCGAAUAUAUUGGCGCGUAGAAUGGCCGCAUUACAAGCAUGCAUAGAGCUGCACAAAACUGGCGAGCUGGACGACAACCUGCUGCCAAUAGGAAAAGAGGGAUUUCGUGCUAUGGAACCCGAUUGGGAGAACUUUGACUUGGAGGAGGAAGAUGACAAGAUCGUACUUGAAAACUCCGAGCCGCGCCCAGGCACUACAAAACGCAGACAGUAUUACUAUAAGCGAAUUGCCUCGGAGUUUAGUGAUUGUCGUCCCACAGCCGGUGUUCCUUGCUAUCUGUAUUUAAUCGACUUGACUCUCCAGUGCCCUAUUCCAGAGGAGCAAAAUACUCGUGGCCGUAAAAUAUACCCGCCUGAAGAUGCGCAACAAGGUUUUGGUAUACUUACCUUAAAGCGUAUACCAAAAGUCAGUUCAUUUCCUAUAUUUACACGUUCCGGCGAGGUAAAAGUGUCCAUUGUGCUCGCUAAAGAGCGGGUGGUACUCACCGAAACACAAAUACGCUGCAUCAAUACAUUCCUCAAUUAUACAUUCACAAACGUAUUGCGUCUGCAGAAGUUCCUUAUGCUCUUUGAUCCUGACUCCACGGAAAAUUGUGUAUUCAUAGUGCCGACAGUGAAGCGAGAUGGCGGCAAGGUGAUCGACUGGGACUUCCUUGAGUUAAUUGAACGAAAUGCAAGUAUGAUGCCAACUCCAGUGCCCGAGGAGUUACGUAAAUCCAUAGAUUUUGAUGCUAACAAGUUCAAGGAUGCCGUCGUUAUGCCUUGGUAUCGCAAUCAAGAUCAGCCGCAAUACUUUUACGUGGCCGAGAUUUGUCCGCAGUUAUCACCGCAAAGUUGUUUUCCUGGCGAAAACUACCGCACAUUUAAGCAUUACUAUUUCCUCAAAUACGGCUUAACCAUACAGAAUGUGAAACAGCCACUGUUGGAUGUGGAUCACACGAGUGCGCGUUUGAAUUUUCUAACGCCGCGUUAUGUAAAUCGAAAAGGAGUUGCCUUGCCCACCAGCUCGGAAGAAACGAAACGUGCCAAACGUGAAAACCUCGAACAAAAGCAAAUUCUUGUGCCGGAACUGUGCACCGUACAUCCAUUUCCGGCCUCACUGUGGCGCACUGCUGUUUGCUUGCCCUGCAUUCUGUACCGCAUAAACGGAUUGCUGUUAGCGGAUGACAUACGCAAGAAGGUGUCGUUGGAUAUAGGGCUGGGACAGCAAGAAAUUCCCGACGACUUUGAGUGGCCAAUGCUGGACUUUGGCUGGAGUUUGUCGGAGGUGCUAAAGCGAUCAAAAGAAAAUAAUGCGUCGAUGGACAAGAAAACGGAAGAACAAAAGGAAAAGGAGGCAAAUAACAAACAAAGUAACGGUUUUGCGAAAGAUAUUGGUGUCAAUGGUGAAUUUUGCGCAGAAGAUAAUCAAACUAAAGCAAAGAGCGCAAACGAAAUUAUUAUAGAAGGCGAAAAGAAGUUGAAGGAUAGUAAUUUUAUAGAAAUAGGCACCUGGUCCAACGACAUGGCGAAUGAUAUAAAUUUUAAUAAAUACUCGGACUCAUUAGACGACGAUGAGGAGGAAUGUUUGAAAUAUUUUCCAUCGAAUGUCAGUUUUUGCGACCAGCAGAUGCGUUAUGGCUCGCCCACGUUCUGGGAUGUUAAGGAAUCCCAACUAAAUAAAAAACCGGACGAUUGUGCGCAAAGCAAAAACACCACCGAUACGAACAAUUUUCGCAAAAAUUCAUUUGCCUAUUACGACUCCGACGACUCAUUCGCAUCCAGUUACGAUGGUAAUGAGCCAACCAACUAUAGUGAGGAUGACGAUGAUGAGUGUGGUCCUUUGCGUAUAGCCUUCACCUCUAGAAAUGAGGCUGAAACCAUCGAAACCGAUCAGGAGAUCGAAAAGCGCAAUAAAAAACUGUCCAUCAUUCAAGCGACCAAUGCAAAUGAGCGCAAUUAUCAGAAAACCAAAAACCUGCUUGUGGGCUAUAACUUUGAGGACUUAAAACCGAAUAUAGAAGCAGAAUUGUGCGACUCCAUUGCCAAGUUCACUGCAUCUACUCGCCUACUGAAAGCGAACAUUGAACAGUCCGGUAUGCUUGUGAAAUACAACCAGCCAGUGAUGUUGGCACGUAAAGAGCGCACCACAAACGAGUCGGCUGCACACGGCGAGGCGGCAACUACUGAAGCGUUUUUGAAACUUUUGCCCUAUGCUGAUAAAGAUGUGCUAAUGUCUAUUUUGAGCAAGCAGGCAAAUGUGCUGACCAUUGCCGAUAUUGCGCGUUUAAAUGCCGACUAUUUGAAAUCGCAUCCAUUGGAGCUAUUCGAAAUUCAAGGUUGUGGUGAUAUUUUUGAUAAUUUCAAUGAUAAGGACAUGUUGAAGUUGGAGGGUUGGGGCGAAGGAUAUAAGAAGCUGAUUAAGUUGAAUUUUGAGAGAAAAGCAAGUGCAACAGGCUGCGUUAGCUUAAUAGAUGUGAAAAAACAGGAGAGUAAAAACAUGCAAGGCAAUACGUUUAGCUUCGACCGCCAACCGGAUUUGGCUGGCCACCCAGGACCUAGCCCAAGCAUCAUUCUGCAAGGUUUAACAAUGUCGAAUGCCAAUGAUGGCAUCAAUUUAGAACGUCUGGAGACGAUUGGGGACUCAUUUCUGAAAUAUGCGAUUACCACUUAUUUGUAUAUAACGUACGAAAACGUGCACGAAGGCAAGCUAAGUCAUUUGAGAUCGAAACAAGUGGCCAACUUGAAUCUAUAUCGACUAGGGCGCCGAAAAAAGUUGGGCGAAUAUAUGAUAGCGACGAAAUUCGAGCCGCACGACAAUUGGUUGCCGCCCUGCUACUACGUGCCCAAAGAGCUUGAGAAGGAACUGAUCGAGGCAAAGAUACCGCCGCAUCACUGGAAGCUGGUCGAUUUGGCUAACAUUAAAAAGUUGAACAGCGCCGAGAUAUGCGCAUUGGUGCGUGAAAAGGCCGACAAAUUGGGACUCUUCGGUGAUGAGUAUAAUUGCAGCGAGGAUGCUAGCGCUGUCGAUGAAAUCGCUGAGGGCAAUGACUUUUCCUGCUUUAUUCCUUACAAUCUUGUGACUCAACACAGCAUUCCAGAUAAAUCGGUUGCCGAUUGUGUUGAGGCGUUAAUUGGCGCGUAUCUCAUCGAAUGCGGUCCGCGUGGCGCUCUGUUGUUUAUGGCGUGGCUUGGCAUACGUGUGCUUCCGUUCGUACGCAAACCAUAUAAUCCACAAGAGCCCCGUAUACCGGGUAGCUCUAAUCCGGAUGUGAAUGGUGAAAUAACUGUAUAUGGCGAGUGGACAGCGCCAAAAAGUCCACUGCUCCACUAUUCGCCCAACGCCCCACAGGAGCUGGAGUCCAUGUUAGAGGGUUUCGAUGAGUUUGAGAAUACAUUGGGUUAUAAAUUUCGUGAUCGUUCCUAUUUACUGCAAGCCAUGACCCAUGCCAGCUACUCGCCAAAUCGUUUGACAGAUUGCUACCAACGCCUAGAGUUCCUAGGUGAUGCUGUGCUGGAUUAUCUGAUUACUCGUCAUCUUUACGAAGAUCCCAGGCAACACUCGCCGGGUGCGUUGACCGACUUGCGCUCGGCGUUAGUAAAUAAUACUAUAUUUGCGUCACUGGCCGUGCGACAUGGUUUCCACAAAUAUUUUCGACAUCUAUCGCCUGGGUUAAAUGAAGUCAUCGAUCGUUUUGUACGCAUACAGAACGAAAACGGUCACAGCAUAAGCGAAGAAUAUUAUCUACUCUCGGAGGAAGAGUGCGACGAUGCUGAAGAUGUUGAAGUGCCAAAAGCUUUGGGUGAUGUAUUCGAGUCAAUUGCAGGCGCCAUCUUCCUGGACUCCAAUAUGUCUUUGGACGUUGUAUGGCAGGUGUAUAGUAAUAUGAUGAAGCCAGAGAUAGAACAAUUUAGCAACUCAGUGCCAAAAUCCCCUAUUAGAGAAUUGCUUGAACUGGAACCGGAGACCGCCAAAUUUGGAAAACCCGAGAAACUGGCUGAUGGGCGUCGGGUGCGCGUCACCGUUGACGUCUUCUGCAAAGGCACAUUCCGUGGUAUUGGCCGUAACUAUCGUAUAGCGAAGUGCACGGCGGCUAAAUGCGCAUUACGUCAAUUAAAGAAGCAAGGUUUGAUAAAGAAGGACUAAGCCGUAUUGUGAUUUCGGCAACUAUUAAAUAUAUCUACUUAUUACCUAUUUAAGGCAAUAUUUUAAUUUGUAAGCAGAUUUUGUAAUGAGAAAUUUUUCAAUAUUUUAAUUAAGAAGAAUACGUGUAUGUGCAUGCGACUAACGUUACAGUGCAAAUAUAGGUUUUUCAAUAUGCAUUUUUACACAAUUUA